AUGGCAAAAGUUCCUCUUAGCGACGGUGACUUCAAUAGACUCCUUUCACUCCUCGUCUCUGAGACAUCAGACAAAGAGAAAAAGUUUGAAAAAUUGUACUAUUCUCGGGGAUGUUUCAGUGGAAUUCAAGCGGCUGCCCUGCUGGCUUGUUUCAAAACGGCACCAGAAAGGGUUCGCGUGAUCAGAGCUUUAGAGAGAAGACUAUGCCGUAUGUGUUGCGCUGAAGCACGCGAAAUAUUGAACGUUAUUCAACUCACAAAUAACGACCGACUAACUGCCUUGAACUGCGUGAAACGCACUCUGGUGGAUCAUGAAACCACUGAAGGAAUAGAAUACAUAUUGAGCGCAUUUCCGUUUGAAACAGAUAAAAAGAAGGCACUUGAAAUUCUUGCAACGGUUAGUAUGCAUGCAACUCAGCAGCUGGCAAGCGGAGGGCAUCAACAUUAUGCUCCAUUUGGGGGACUCUACACGCAAUCUUUCCCAGGCCGAGAAUCACUCUAUGGUCCUUUGGAGGAUCAGCACAAAGUAAAACCUUCGCUACCUGUGACAGCUUGCACCAAACCGCCGCCAUCAGCAUUCGUCGCGGCUCCAUCCUACAUUUACAAUGGAGAUGAAGAUCGAUCCUGGUAUCCCGGUGGUGGUCGUCCACCGCUUCCGCCACCAGUUUCGGACACUGUCCUCACGGGUCCUCCAAAGAAAUUGGGCGAGGAGAGAGUAGACUAUGCAGCGACAAAGCCAAGCAUUAUUGGAGCCGAUCCCUGUCUUCCCAUAAACCAGGGUGGGCCGGUCCCAAUUGGAUUCCAAGCAAUUAAACCCUUAGAGCAGACUGAUUGUUGCUAA